AUGGUAGCAUAUACCCUUUGUAAAUUUUUUAUUGUUGAAAACGGGAGGUCUCAGCGAUGCAACCGAAAAAAUCAUCACGCAUCACUCUUACGAUUAAAGGACCAUUGGAGUAACCCACAGAGACGGAAACAAACAAUAGGAAAAAAAUUAACCCCUAAAGUGUUACGUGAAAUGUCCACGCCAUCAUCACCACUGUCAAUCAAACAAAGCGGACCUAAACGAUCCAAAACAUUUACAGGAUGUUUCACAUGUCGAACAAGGAAAAUCAAAUGUGAUUUAAAGCGACCACAUUGUGAUAAAUGUAUCAAGGCUAAAUUAACAUGUGCCGGUUACGAUGUCAAGCUUCGAUGGCUGAAGCCAAUUCAGUUUGUGCCUCUAAAGAAUGGGGAUGUGAAAGGCACGCUGGUGAAAUUUCCUACGUAUGAAGAUGGAGAUGGCCUGGAUGAGAAUGAACUCGAUGCUGGUAUUGAUGCACCGGAGUAUUUUCAUCGACGAUUUGUUGAAUUUGUUAAGUGGGAGGAGCCAUAUACAACAUACGACCAGAUGAAUUAUGAUCUUGCAUAUUUGCAAAAUAAUCGAGUGACAUCAAGAUUGAAAGCUCGUGGUGAUACUAGGAUGAAGGGUCCAUUUGGUGUAUUUCAAGGGAAGAUCGGUAACCGUGAUGAGGAUGAACUGGGUACAACGCAGAAACUGAAAAAGAGAAAAAUCAUGCUGGAUAAAAGGAAUGACAUUCUACCUGAAGAACAGUUUAUCACAUCUUCAAGAAGCUCCAAUAAGAGUAGCGAUGUUGCGAUGAUAUCUGGCGAUGCUCCACCACAAGAUCAAUUCUGGCUAUCAAAUGAGUUAAAAGACGCUGCGUUGGUGACAGCUGCUGCUUUGAAUACCCAUUUCUUAGACAUCAUGAACAACUUCGACAAUAACGGAAAUGUGUUGCCACAAUCGAACAAUCAAGGUAACAACACAACAAACGAUGCCAAUUACAAUUUAAACAACCCUGACUUAUUUAAUUUGGUGUUUCACAACAGGGGCCAGAAUUUCAAUACUGUACAGCCCCAAACGUCGAAUUCGAAUUCAAACAUGUCAAUGUCGAACUUGUUAAAUCAACCGGAAAAUCUCGUUGAUCCCAUUUACUAUUCCAAUUUCUCGAAUUUCUUCUACAACAAUCCUUAUCAAAUGAAUGAAAACUUGGAAAUACAAUUGCAUGCACAAACGACAAGUGCAGAUGAUACUGAAUAUGUAGAUGGAGAUCACUCAAAUGAUAGUAAAUUGUUGGCGUCAAUUAUGAAAAUUGUACAAAGUCCACUUAAUGUUAAUUUCGACUUGACAUUGCCAACACGUCAGUCGCAUGUGGGUAUUCCAUUAACUGCAUUGCAAGUUCAACCGUUAACAAGAUAUUUGUUAAACUAUUACGUGACAGAUGUCGCCGAUUUAAUGACAGUGAUACCGCUUACUGAGAAUCCAUGGAAGGCGAUUUAUUUCCCAAGAGCAUUAAUGGCAAUUGGUGAACUCCUGGCUUUGGGUAAAACAUCAAUGGCGAAAAACGCAUUGUUGAAUGCAUUGCUUGCGGUGUCGGCAUUCAACUUGCAGUCGAAAUUCCCCAAGAAUUCUCAACCAAUGCGAUUUUAUCUUAAUUUAGGUAUUGCGUUACGUAAUCAAGCAAGCUUGUUUGUGAAAAAGUUGUUAAAUCUGAAAAAUGAUGUGCAAUCUGGUAUUGAGCAUUGUGUUACACAAGAGAAGUAUAAAGAUGUUCUUUGUGCUGUUAUGACCAUGAUUAGUGUUGAUUUAGUCUGGGGAACCAUGCAAGAUACAGGUUUGUAUAUUGCGUGGUGUGGAAAAGUCAUUGUUGCCAAAAUGGCAACCAAAAAGAAACUUUCCCCCAAAGCACGGAUAUUGCAUCGUAUAUUCUCAUCGUUAAAGUUGAUCCAAGAUUCAACAUGCUUAAAUUUCGAAAGCAUUAAGGAAAAUUAUGAGUCGUCAACGGGAAUCGGAGGAUACGAUGUCAAUGGAGAUAAAUUUGGUAACGAAAGAGAAAAGUCCAAGGAUAGUAACAAAGGUCGAAUAGAUUUUAUUGUCAAUAAUUCCUUUUCCAACAAGACUAGCAAUUCAAAUUCGAAUGGCAAUUCAACUACAUCUCCUCAAUUUGUCAACAAGAAGUUGAUAAAUACCAAAAAGAAUGAUGAGAAUUUUGCUACUGACGCAUUAUAUGGGUUGCCUAAUUCAUUGAUUUUGUUAUUCAGUGAGACAGUUGAAUUGUUGAGAAUACGAAUAUACUACACCACAUCAAAGAAGCUAUUUCCUAGUGAUUAUGAGGGCAGGGUUAAGACAUUGAAUGAAAAGUUGAAUACGUGGGUUUUGGACUGGAAGUUAUACAAAGGACAAGCGAUGGAUCCUAACAGAAAACAAACGACUGAGGAUAAAGCAACUACACCUAGUGCAAAUCCUGAUGGUGAUGACGACUUGAGAAAGGACUUUUAUUCACCAAUGCAUGAAGUCACAUACCAUCAUAUUAUGUCAUUUUAUCAUGCGCUCGUCAUUUACUUUAGUCGAUUCAUCAAAGAUACCCCACCAACCAAACUACAAACAAGAGUAGUCAAAACCCUCAACCAUUUGAAUUCCAUACAGGAUCUUAUUGCUAAAGAUGAAGCAGCAAUUAUCCCCUUGUUUUGGCAAGGAUUUAUAGCUGGUUGUGAAGCGCUUUCAACUGAUUUGCAAAUGGGAUUCAAGAAAUGGGGUGCUGACAUUGCCCAGUAUUUGGGUUCGUAUUGGGGUGCAAGACAAAUUAUGUUGGAAGUAUGGCGAAGAAAGAGUUUGAAGGAAUCUAGAGAUGAUUGGGUUAGUGUUGUGCAAGAUUGGGAAAUGAACUUGAUGUUGAAUUAG